GAAAAAAAUUAUAUUGAUAAAAAUAAUUAAUUAAAAUGGGUAUUACAUUGAAUUAUUGCUGCUGUUGUUAUGAUUUAAAAUCUGGGACAUUAGUAAUUGGAAUUUUAGUUCUCAUUGUUGAUAUUUUUACUAUUAUUUAUGCAAGUAUCUACUAUUGUAUUGAUAAAGGAAUUCUUGAAACUUAUUAUCCAAUUGCGAACAAAAAUAUAAGUGAUUCAAAAAUAGUAUUAAUAUUUUUCAUUGGUAUAGUAGUGAUUUUUCUUACAUUACUGAUGAUCUUUGGAUCAUGUAAGAACAAAAGUAAAUUUAUGCUGCCUUACCUUAUUAUAAAAUGUGUUUGCCUGGUGAUGGGUUUCAUAUUUUCUUGGUAUGUCAUAGUAAUCAACUUUAUCAGUGGUAUUAUUUAUGGAUGUUUUUAUCUUUUUUCAUUGAAUGCUGUAACAGCUCUUAUUCUUUAUUCUUGGCUUGUAGUGUAUAGUCGAGGUGAAGAAAUUUUGCUAGAAAAAAUAAUGGAAAGAGAUAAAAUUGAAAUCUCAAGAGAAAUUAUAGUUAUACCUAAAUAAGAACUGUUAAAAUAUUAUUUUAUAGUAAAUUGAUUUGACUGUUUAUAACUUUUGUAGACCACUUUU